UGCGAAAAUGAAGGUAGUGGAGGAAAUGGGAAGUAAUAAUGCUUCAAGUCACGUGAAAGGAGAUCAUACCUUGCAUAUUCACAAGGUGGGAGCUCCUCCAAAGCAAAAGCUUGUGAAGGGGAUUAAAGAUGCAGCGAGGGAGACUUUCUUCUCAGACCAUCCUUUAUGCCAUCUUAACGACAAGCCAAUAUCAAGGAAGCUUGUUCUUGGACUUAAAGCAGUUUUUCCAAUCCUUGAAUGGGGAAGAGAUUACAGUUUUCAUAAAUUCAGAGGUGAUCUUGUCUCCGGACUUACCAUUGCUUCACUCUGUAUUCCUCAGGAUAUUGCAUAUGCAAAGCUUGCAAAUUUGGAUCCUCAGUAUGCGCUAUACUCAAGCUUUGUAGCUCCUCUGGUGUAUGCUUUCAUGGGAAGCUCAAGAGAUAUUGCCAUAGGACCAGUUGCCGUGGUGUCCCUCUUGCUUGGAAGCAUGCUCACUGAUGAGAUUAGUGACUAUAAGAGUCAUGAUUAUCUCCGGCUCGCUUUCACAGCCACCUUCUUUGCCGGAAUCACUCAAAUGGCUGUAGGGAUUCUCAGACUAGGUUUCUUGAUUGAUUUCCUAUCUCAUGCUGCCAUAGUGGGAUUCAUGGCUGGAGCUGCCAUUACUAUUUGCCUGCAACAGCUUAAAGGGUUACUGGGCAUAGUCAAUUUUACCAAGAAGACCGAUAUUGUUUCUGUCCUGGGCUCAGUCUUUAGUAGAGCAGACCAUGGGUGGAACUGGCGGACUAUAGUCAUAGGAGUAGCAUUCUUGACCUUCCUUCUAGCAAGCAAGCACAUGGCUAAAAAGAACAAGAAAUUCUUCUGGCUUUCCGCAACUGCUCCCUUGAUCUCCGUUGUAUUGUGCACAUUUUUCGUCUAUGUUACUCGCGCUGACAAAAAGGGCGUCCCGGUUGCCAGGCAGGUACAAAAAGGCGUAAACCCAAUAUCAGCUAAUGAAAUAUUCUUCAGCGGGAAGUAUCUUGGCCCUGGAAUUCGUAUAGGUGUGGUGACUGGUAUGAUAGCACUCACGGAAGCUAUAGCAAUUGGAAGAACUUUUGCUGCGGUGAAAGACUAUUCACUUGAUGGAAACAGAGAAAUGGUGGCAAUAGGAACAAUCAACGUUAUUGGAUCACUCACUUCUUGUUAUGUAGCUACAGGAUCCUUUUCUCGCUCGGCAGUGAACUUCAUGGCUGGUUGCCAUACUGCUGCGUCAAACAUAGUUAUGUCCAUAGUUGUAUUGCUGGCUCUGGAACUCAUUACACCAUUGUUCAAGUACAUCCCGACUGCUGUGCUGUCUUCCAUUAUCAUUGCUGCUGUAAUUGGCCUUGUGGACAUAGAAGCUGCUGUUCUGCUCUGGAAGAUUGACAAAUUUGACUUUAUAGCUUGCAUGGGAGCCUUCCUUGGUGUCAUUUUCAAGAAUGUUGUGAUUGGCCUUCUUAUUGCAGUGGUUAUAUCUUUCGCAAAAAUUCUUCUACAAGUAACAAGGCCAAGAACAGCAGUACUUGGGAGGGUUCCAGAAACUUCAGUUUAUAGGAACAUUCAACAAUACCCAAAAGCAACUCUGGUUCCUGGCAUGCUGAUUAUCAGAGUUGAUUCUGCAAUCUACUUCUCAAACUCCAACUACGUCAAGGAGAGAAUUCUGAGAUGUCUCAUUGAUGAAGAUGUAAAGAAGAAAGAAAACAACCUUCCCAGAACAGAAUAUCUCAUUGUUGAGAUGUCCCCUGUGACUGACAUUGACACUAGUGGCAUUCGCGCCUUGCAAGAGUUGUACAAGAGCCUUCAGAAAAGAGAGGUCAAGCUUGCUUUGGCAAACCCUGGGACGGUAGUAAUGGAGAAGUUUUGUGCAUCAAAAUUCACAGACUUAAUUGGGGAAGAUAAGAUUUUUCUAACAGUAGCUGAUGCUGUUGCAACCUUUGGUCCAAACAUUGAAUUACCCUGAUUCUUAGGUCAAGCUACCGUUAGUUUCUGGAUAUGUCAACUUCCAUUAAAGAAAUUAUAGAACAAGAAUUAUAUUUCAAUUGUAGCAUUGGAGAUACAUAACGCAGUAGUAAAUAAAGCUACAAUGUAUAAUGAUG